AUGUUGGCGGAGGAGGAAGAAGACACAACCGAAGUUCUUCCACCACUGUAUGAUGAGGGUGACCUCGAUGAAGAGAUAGUUGAGGGAGACGUGGGGACAACUCUAGUUGUGCGCAGAUCUUGCUUGACGCCUCGAGCUACGGAAGACGACUGGUUGCGAACCAAUAUCUUCCACUCCUCCUGUACUAUUCUUGAAGCUCCGGAUUUCCCUGAACAACACCCUGCACCAUAUAAAUUAGCAUGGCUAAAGAGAGGAGGAGAGUUGACAGUAUCCAAACGAGCUUUGGUUACGUUCUCCAUCGGUGCGAAGUACAGGGAUGAAGCAUGGUGUGAUGUCGUGCCCAUGGGUGCGUGCCAUUUAUUAUUAGGAAGACCCUGGCAUAAUGAUCGGAGGGUUUUCCAUGAUGGACGCGCGAACUCUUACAGUUUCACCUACGGAGGAGUAAAGUUGGUGCUAGUACCCAGCAAACCAAUGGAGAAGCCACUAUCAAACAACGUCAACCUGCUGUCUUAUGCACCAUUCGGAAAGGAGUUGAAGGAGGAAGAAACGGCGAUCAUCUUGCUCGGUAGAGCAGUCACUGAAGGCUUGGAAGAUGUAGAGAUUCCAAAAGUUGUUCUUCCUCUUCUGGAGGAGUUUCAGGAUGUCUUCCCUGAUGACCUACCGGAGGGCCUGCCACCUCUUCGAGACAUCCGGCACCAUGUGGAUCUACAUCCGGGCUCUGUCCUACCUCACCGGCCACAUUACCGAAUGAGUCCAAGGGAGCAUGAGGAAUUACGGAGGCAAGUGGAGGAGUUGUUGGCGAAGGGGCACAUCCGCGAAAGCAUGAGCCCAUGCGCGGUCCCAGCCUUGUUGACGCCAAAGAAGGAUGGCACGUGA